AGCGUCGCAGGACAAUUAGGCCCGAGACACGUGACGUCAUGUCCGACAUAUUCAAGGGCAAGUCGCUCAUCAAGAAAGACAACAAAUCGUUUUCGGCCGACACGGUGCUCCGCGACAAGCAGCUCAUCUGCCUGUACUUCGCCGCGCAGUGGUGCCCGCCGUGCCGCAUGUUCACACCGGUCCUGGCGAACGUCUACAAGGACGCCAGGGACGACAACCUGGCCAUUGAGGUCGUAUUCAUCUCUGCGGACCGGAACAAGCAGGACAUGCUCAACUACAUGCGCUCAACCCACGGUGACUGGUACGCUCUGCCUUUCGACGAUCCGCUCCACGGAUCGAUGCUGAUGGACAUGUUCAAGGGCAAGACGCUGCUUCGCAAGGACGGCAGCCAGCAUGCUGCCGAUGACGUUCUGAAGGAGACCAGCGUGUUGGCCCUGUACUUCUCGGCCGGCUGGUGUCCCGGGUGCCGCAUGUUCACCCCGGUGCUGGCCGAGGCUUACCGGCAGAACAAGAGCCCCAACGUUGAGGUGGUGUUCGUCUCGUCCGACCGCUCCAUCUUCGCCAUGAUUCACUUCAUGCGCCAGAGCCACGCCAACUGGUUCGCCGUCAAGUUCGGGGACCCGCUCCGGCAGGAGCUACGGACCAAGUACCGCAUCACCGGCGUCCCAGCACUGGUUGUCGUCAGGAGAGAUGGCAGCCUGAUUAACGCUGACGCCCGCGUUGACGUCGCAACCAAGGGACACCGAUCAUUUCUCGAUUGGCUAGCCUCCUUGUAACAGCCGAGAGAGGACAAUCCCGCAUGACGAUUAUACGUCCGAUGCUACAGUCGUUAGCGUUCACAACGCUCUUCAACCAUGUCCCAGAUUU